UGUAACGGAUGUAAAAAGUAAAUAUUACUGGGCAUGCGCAAUCCAAAUUAAGCAACAAUGGCAGAAGGCGAGCGAGAUCGAAUACUUGCUGAAUUUCAGGCUUUUACAGCCUUGGAGGACAUUGAUACUUGCAUCCAAAUCUUGGAGUCAAAUGAAUGGAAUUUAAUGAGAGCAGUAAACAGUGUAAUGCCAGGAUCUGAUGGAGGAUUGUCCCCAACUGGUGGGGAGCCCCCUCCUUCAGGUUUUGAGGACAUAAGCCCCCCUCCUUAUUCUGCGUCCUCGCCAGACAAUGAUAACAACAUUGCAGACUCCAGGGCUUUUUUUGACCCCAGUUCUGCAUCAGAAUGCAAUGUAGCCAUCCCCUCCACAAGUAAUUCAUCCCCAAAGCGAAGACAUCCAGGAGGUGGCCCAAGACCCAGGAUGUUAAAUUUUAAAGUGGAGUACAGAGAUCAAAAUUUUUACUUCAGUGUUGGGGACAAUGAAAAAAUUGGCAAAGUGAAAGAUCUUCUGUCUCAGAAAAUUGGAGUGUCUCCAGAAAAACAGAGCUUGAGAGGCUGGAGUACCAGGAAAACAAGAGUGGAGGAUGAUAAAAUUCUGAGAGAUCUGCAUCUUCCUAAAGAGAACACUUUAUUUUUAUUGACUCCUGAUGUCUCCAAUCCCACACUUGUCAAACCAACAGUUGAUGUAGAUAUGGAAAGUUUAACAGAAGCCCUAAAUAGAACAUAUGCUUUGCAUAUUAAUUUCACAGAAAAUGGAGAAGUGCAGCAUUAUAAGUUGAAUAUGCCUGGAAGUAAAACUAUUGGAGAGGUAAAAAGUGAUGUGUAUGCCCUCACAAACUUGCCAGCAAGACAUCAGAUAUGGACAGGGUGGCCUGAUUCUGCAAAAAAUGAUGACUCAAUGACAAUUGGCUGUUGUGGUCUGAAUUAUCCCAUCCAUAAUUUAGAGCUUACAAAAGCAAACAUUACAGCAAGACCUAAGAAGGUGCCAUUUAAUGAGGUGGUACAGGAAAUAGAAAUCAGUGAUGAUGAUGAUGAUCUAAAUCCAAUGGAAGAUGACAUGUUUGACCACGAUGAUAUUCCAAGCAGAGGAAGACCUACACCUUUGAUGCCUGAGUCUGUAAAUGAUGAGGUAGAAGCAUUAGAACACUUUACCAAAGAAUUCAGAGAAAGAUAUGGAGAAACACAUCCAGUAUUCUAUGUUGGUUCUUUAGAAAAUGCAAUAAAAGAAGCUCUAAAUGGUAAAGCCAAAGAUAGAAAAUUGUUGGCUGUGUAUCUCCAUCAUGAUGGAAGUAUUAUAUCUAAUGUGUUCUGUUCCCAAAUCCUGUGUUCUGACAGUGUGGUUAAUUACCUUAGCAGUAAUUUUAUAACCUGGGCAUGGGAUAUGACACAUGAGACAAACUGUGCCAGGCUCAUCACAAUGGCUACCAGACAUUUUGGUAAUGUAGUAGCUGGACAGAUCAGAUGUCUUAAACCAGAGCAGUUGCCUAUGUUAUUAGUUAUUUCUAGAGCGAGAGCUACAAAUGAAGUUAUAGAUAUGAUUCCAGGGUCUGUAACAUUAGAUGAACUUAUGACAAGAUUAAUUCAUGAUUCAGAAAGCUUCCAACAACAGCAAAGGAUAGAUAUCCAAGAUGAGGAAGAGAGAGAGGCUCGGGACACUAUAAGGAGAGAGCAGGAGGAAGCAUUUAAAGAGUCACUAGCUGCUGACAGAAAGAAGGUUGAGGAACAAAGGAUUCAGCAGGAGCUGGAGAUCAAGAAACAGGAAGAGGAGGAGAGACAGAAGAGAGAGGAAGAGGAGAGGAAAAUGGCAAUACAGCAAUCAGCAGCCUUGCAAAUCCCAGAGGAACCCCCAGAAAGUUCUACAGAAGCAGUCUCUAGAUUAAGGUUUAGAACACCUACCGGUGAUGUGAAACUUCGCCGAUUUAUGGCUUCGGAACCACUGAGAAAUGUCCUGUUUUAUCUGACAUCAGAGGGCUUUCAUAUAGAGGAUUAUAAAAUUCUUACAACUUUUCCAAGAAGAGAUAUUUCACAGUUAGAUGAAAUGAAGACUUUAGAAGAGCUAAAGUUGUACCCACAAGAGACAUUAAUAUUGGAAGAAAAAUGAUGGAAUGAAUGUGUUCAUUUGUGAAUAGAAGUUGACUAUGCGAGUGACUGUGAUAUGAUUUGCCUGUUUUUAACUGCAUUGUUAUAGGGAUGUCAAUGAACUCUGGUUGCAUCGGCAACUAAUCGAAGGUUUUAGUCCAUAGAUAGUCAAUUAUAUUAUGCGUGAAAAUAUAUAAGAACACAUACAAGUAAGAUAUAACGGUCAAAUGACAUGAUAAAUGCAUCCAUUUUCAGACAAACAGAUUCAGAGGAAUUUUCACUUCCCCCCAAAAUAUGUUAAAAAUACAUAGUCUAAUUAAAACAAAGGUUUUAGUUUGUUUGCAAGUGGCUGUUUACUUUAUAGUAAGUUACUGUAUAACCACUGAUUUUGUUAAAAUGUUUCCUGAAGCUUUCUUCAUUUCUCUGCUGUCAUGAGGAAUGUUUUAUAGGAGAUUGACAUGGAUUUUCUCUGCUACAUCUGCAGUGAAAGGAAUUUUUUUCCAGAUCUGUUUGAUGCAGUCUGUCUAAAUAAUACUUUUUCUUGAGACCGUAUGCGAGUUUUAGUCAAAUAUCAAAAGUGACGCUAUUCUUCGAGCAGAAUUAUUCCUGUUUAGUUUUUUAAAAAAUCAAAUCUGCCUGUUUGUAUAAAAUUAAAUUAAACAAAAGAGACUAAUAAAUGUUUAUAAUGGACAAGAUAUCUUUUGUAUAACAAGGUUUGGAUUGACAUGAUCUUAUAGAAACAAGCGAGUGUUUAGAUAACCACAUGGAUGUAGCUAUAAAUAGAAGUAAAGUUGUUUUUUUUUUUUUUAAUUACAUAUUUGUACAUUGUAUACUAUUGAUGAAUCAUUUAAAAUAUGUAAUGACUUUCAAAAAAAUGGAUAUCUUAUUUAAUUCUUUCCAUGCAAAAGGCACUAAAACUCGAGUUGCAUAAAAAUUUCUCUUAUACAUGUAUAUAUCUUUGAUAAAACAAUUUUUUAAUUCUAAGUCGAUGUAAAGACCAAUUCUAUUUUAUUUAUUUAAAUGUUCAGCUAAAAUAAAAAAAUAUGCUAUAAUUUUGGUACAGUUUAAUUUAUAAGUUAUAAAUAUUUUUAGCUGCAGAUUGUUAUGGCAGAGCAAAUGUCGCCCUGACAUACAUUAUCGCUAAGUGGAUUGUCUCUUUUGAUGGGUCAUGUCUCAAUGCAGUAAUGUGAUAGUUGAAAUUUAAAUAACUACAAUAGUUUUUUAAAAGAGCAUGCUUGUUUUCUUUAAACAUAUGUAUGUUAAUGCCAAGGAAUAAAAUGUUAUAGUACUGGAGUGUGUGAUGAAGGUAUGAUCUAAGAUAUGAAAAUAUAUUAAUUUGUGUCACUUGAAUAUGUGUGUACUAAAAAUGUGUACAUGUAUACUGAAUUACUUUUGUUAAAUGAAAGUAUUUACUAAUAACACACUGAAUUAAACUGUAAUAUAAACUUAUUUAAAAAUGAGCUGCAUGAUUAUUUGGAAAGAUUUUUUUUUAUCUGUAAGGUCUUAAAAAGUAAUUUUUAAAUGGACUUGCAUAUAUACUGAUAUUGAGACACGGGUACCAUAAUUUUAAAGGCUUUAAAUAUUGAUGUUGAAAUAUACCGGUAGCUACUUCAUUUUUUGUGGCUUUCUGAACCUUAGGACUUGAACUUUGGGAUAAACUUGAAAAGUACAUAUACUUGUUCAAAUAUUGCAUUAUUAUAAAAAAAAAUCUAAUUAAUUCAAUGAAUUAUAUGGCACACCAGAUUCAUGUAUGUUGAGUGUUAGUUGUUCUGGAAAUAAUUCGUUUGUAAAGAAGGAAUAAAACUUGCUAUUCUGCAGUACUGCAAAUGUACCUAAAACAUCAAAAUCAAAUUAAAAACCGUUUGAAAAAUA